AUGAUUUCCAGGGAAGCCAGGCGAUUCUUCGUCCUAUACAUUCCCCUGAUUACAGCCAUAUUCCUUAGCAUUCGUCUGAUCCGGAAACACACCACCACUCAGCACCCAGACCAACAGCUAUGGACACACCCAACGUCACCGAAAUGGGGCUCGAGGCCCAAUCUCAAAGACGUAGCUGUAGCAAAACACAUUGGGACAGACGACGGCGACGAGGGCAGAAACAUCGCAGCAGCAGCACCAGCAAUCCCGCAACAACAUGAAGAGAAACCACAAUCGCCGCCAAACCCACCUCAGAUGGUCAUUACGCAGACUGCACCCGAAAAGCUCGGCGAGCUGCUGUCUACGGAUCCCUUCCAGGGCGCGUCUCAGGCGGUCCCGGAAACGCACGUCGUCGUCUCGUCUUCGGGCGCCCUGAACCUUGCAGCAGCAGCAGCAAAAAAGGCACCGGGCGCAAGGAACAACCCCUUUACGUCCCUCGUGUUCGGCGGCCGCACCGCCAUCAACCCAAACGUUCUGCCGCACCCGACAAAGCAAGACACGUACGUCAUGGUGGCGCAGGAGCACCCGCCGCCCCCGGACUCUUUCGGCAGGUUCACCGAGCUCACGUGCGACGCUGCCGUCAACGGCCGCGGGGAGCUGGCAUGCGUCACGUUCCCCGUGGCCUUGAGCAUCCCGCCGACCAGGACCAAGGGGAACGCCUGCGACGAUCCGGAAAGGCCCGCGCUCGAGCUGCUGCAGAUCAACCAGGGUCCCCACGACGCGCGCGUCUUCUUCGGCCCCCGCGGCGAGGACCCCUUGGUGUCGUACGGGAGCAAUUCGGGGUUCACGUGCUUUGGGCAGUGGGUGCAGGACUUUCGGGUCGUCAGUCGCUGGGGUGAGGACCUCGAUGAUGGUCAGGCGGCAAUGAUACCAGUGGACAAAACCAUCACGCUGGCAGACCAGCUCUUCGCCCGCGGCACAGAGAUGCAACGCCCGUUCGGCGACGGCUACUCCCCCGUCGAGAAGAACUUUUUCGUCUUUUGGGACCGCGACGGCGCCAUGUACGCGCAUCACGACAUGCACCCGAGGCGGGUGCUGGGCCGGCUGAAUGCGGACGGGAGCGUGGGGAGGGACCUGGGCCCCGACACGGCGCCCGCGGAUGCUGCGUGCAUGGCGCGCUACCUCCCUGCCCUGGAAAGGGUUUCGUUCCUGUCUGGCCCGGGCGACGAGGAUGACUCGGUCCACCAGUCGACAAACUCGCUGGCCAUCACCAUGUGCAAACGCGCGGAUGCGGGUUGCAAACCGGGGCCGGGCAAUACCUUCAUCGCCACCGUGGUGCAGCACAAGCGGUACCGUGGGUUCAGGAGCUCGUACGAGGCGUACGUGGUGCUGUUUCGACAGGAGGCGCCGUUUGCGCUGCAUGCCGUGUCGCGGAGGCCGUUGUGGAUCUCGGGGCGGAGGAGGACAGUGCUGCCGGCCUCGGUAGAUGGUGGCGGAGCCGGAGUGGAAAGAGCCGAGAUGUUUUACAUUACGUCGCUCAACUGGAUGAGGCGGGGGCAGGGGUAUCACGGAUACCUGGACGACGAGAUACUCGCCGGAUUCGGCAUCGAGGACGAGAGGCCGGCGGUGCUGGACGUCAGGGCUGAGGAUUUGUUUCAGGACUUGGGGCUGUGUUGA